AUGGCUGAUUAUCACUCAACUGAAUUACAGUUAAAUCAUACAGAUAACAACACAACCAAUACAAAUAGACUUGAUAAUCAAUUAGAUAUCAUUGCACCUCCAUCAAUCACAAGACCACUCUCUUUCUUAGAAAAAAACAAUAACACCAUCAACAUUAAGUGUUACUUUAAUCAACCACACAUCCGUGAAGAAUUAAACUCUAUAGAUGACACAAGAAUUCAACAAAUUCACAAAAACAUUCACAAACUCUUGGAAGAUAUACUGUCGCCAUCAGCAUUUAAAAUAAUUGGUGCAACUGCCUUCAUCGAACAACCAUCUGGUAUCACAAGAUAUAUCAAAGCUGCAACACGUAGUAUCACUAAACACAAAAUUCAACAUGCAAAAAAUGCAGAUAUGGCAACAACUAUAAAAAAUGCCCUCACAAACCCAAAUAUUAACAAAAACAAUCAACCACCAAAAAACAACAUUAACACCCCACCAAUCAACGAAAUUGCAAAUUCCAAUCGCAAUAAUAACCCACUUCAAAAUAGUGUUUCAAAAGCUACACUAAAUGAAUUACUUGAUAUUAACAAUCAAUCCCAAAACAAUAAUUAA